AAAAUACACGAAACGUCGAAAAAGAAAGGCAAAAGUUAUCCACGACGUUUGCUCAGCUUGGAGAAGGGUUUUCUCGAAAGGAAAAGAUACAACAAUCCACUGGCGGAAGGUGAAACGUUGCCAAAAGACGACUUUCUAAGCGCUUUUGCACGAUGGAGGACGAUUGGGAAGCACUGGCCGAACAGAAGGCCGAGCAGCUGUUUGCCAAGGCCGACGUGAACAAGUGGGCUGGCGAGGACGAGGACGAUGUAAAGGACAACUGGGAGGAUGAUGACGAGGAGGAGGAGAAAAAGGAUGCACCCAAACAGGAAGAUACACCUACGAAAAAUGCCAAACCUAAGAAAGCUGCCCAACAGAAGAAACUCAAAAAAGAGGACCUGGAACGACUCCAGCGGGAGGAGGAAGAGUUUGCGAACAUGACGCCGGAACAGCAACUGGCCGAAAAGCGAAGGCUGCAGAAGCUGCAGGAAGAAAAUGACCUGAAAACGGCCAUGGAAACGCUAGGCAUCACACCAAUGUCCACGGGCAACGGUAUCGAUGGAAUGCAUCCGACCACGAAGGAGGAGUUUACCGAACUGGCCGAAGCGAUAAGCAAAAAGCUGGCCAACUACCGUGCGAGUACGGAAUAUCAAGGCUUUUUGGAAGAACUGCUGCUGAAACUGUUUGCCAGCCUGUCGUCCAAUAACAUUCGGAAAGCUAAAACCACCCUAGACAACUUGUACUUGGAAAAGCAGAAGGUCGAGAAAGGUGACAAGCCAAAGAAGACCAAAGGCAUCAAGGUGAAAGCGAAGCUGCGUGUCGAGGGUGAAAAUACUACUUUGAACGAGUAUGAAACCAAGUAUGAUGAUUACGACGAUUACGAUGAUUUUAUGUAACGGUCCAUGCUGGUGCACAUGUCGGUUGGAACCAACAGCAUCAAUGUCGUCCAUGUCGUCAUCGUCAGAAUCAAACAACCAUCGCCAUCAUCAUCGCCGCUUAGCCAGAACCAGUGGCAGGGGGAGCAGUGUCUUGCAAGAAGUUGAUCGCCGUCUCGAGCAGACCGUGGUGUGGUGCUGGCCUGGCACUACAGGAUAGGAGAAAUUUGAAAUGCACACACACAUACACGCGCGCGCACACAUAUUCAAUAUUAUAAAGGAUAAUGUAGGAUGUAUAGAAGGACUAUUUACUUUAGCUCUGUGUGAGUGCGUGUGUGUGCGUGGGUAGGUGUUUGUGUGGGUAUGUAUCCUCAAUGUUAAUCGAUACACAGUUUUGUUACAUUUCAACUCGUUUUUUGAUAACUACUACUACUACUCGAUACUACUACUAGCAUGACAGUCUUAGAAAGUCGGAGUCAGAGCUCCAAACGAGAGGGAGGUGUAUAGGAUAGAGAAUGGGUGUGUGCGUGUGCACGCACAAAAGCAUAAAAAAGAGGAAGCAGGAAGUGUGCAUACCAACAUAACUGAUAACAGUCACCAGCUACCAGGAUUUAAACAACAACAAAGAAAAACUCUUACCUUCACGUUUGGCAAUUACUCUGUAGUAGGUUCGUUCUAGAGAAGCGUAUAAAAAAGGUUCCCCACACACACACACAUUCUUAGGACAUAUAUGCCACAAUAAAUCUUCGAGAGCAAUGCAGAAAUCGAGAGACGACCAAUUUGACUGUAAAUAAAACGGUGGAGAUUGCGAGCGGACAAGA